CUGCCCUUACUAGAGAGGAGGUUCAUUUUACGCACGUCUACGCAGUUCACGCUAUUUACAGGGAGGGGGCACUAGCGUAGGCAAACUCUUAGCUCUGACUAGCAGCCUUUGCUAAAUCAACGCCUUCUCCCAGGAAACAAAACAAUAUAGACUCGGCUUGACGGCGUGCCACGAGCAGAGACCGUCUCUAGACACGACAACGCGCUUUUCCGUGGAAUGAGCAUUCCAUGCAGCAUCCUAGGUAUGAAUGACGUGGCCUGGCAGGAGACAAGAGGUGGGAUGCUGCAUGCAAAUGGUGCUCCUGAGACUGGAGGUAUAAGAGUUCACGUUGGAGGACCGCUAACAUCAGUUGUAGGAGCUGGACAGGCUCCUGGAGGCACUCAUCUACAAGGCAUGGACCGAGUAGCCAACCCCACCCCGGGUACCCCGCAGCCUAUGCUGAGUGGACGAUCUCAGGAUGACGCCACAGUGGGAUACUUCUUUCAGAGGCAGCCCGGAGAGCAGCUCGGCGGUUGCCCUCCCAGUAAACACCGUUGGCCCACUGGAGAUGCCAAUCAUAUUGACCAGACCCGUCCUUUGGAUGAAAUGAACUACGACUUUCAAGCCCUUGCAUUGGAGUCGAGGGGCAUGGGAGAGCUCUUGCCUGCAAAAAAGCUUUGGGAUUCUGAUGAGAUGGCCAAAGAUGGAAGGAAAGGGAUGCUCCUUGGGGAGGAGUGGAGGGACACUGCCUGGGGAUCAUCUCAUCAUUCAGUGUCCCAGCCAAUCAUGGUACAGCGGCGACCAGGCCAGAGUUUCCAUGGCAAUGGCGAUGCCAAUUCUGUGCUUUCACCUCGCUCAGAAGGUGGAGGCCUGGGUGUGAGCAUGGUGGAGUACGUCCUGAGCUCCUCUCCUGGCGACAAGAUGGAUGGUCGCUACAGGAACGGUGGCUAUGGUGGAGCCGACACUGACCAAGAUGGGAGAGAGAAGAGUGAUGCUCAAGAGAAAAUCUCCCCAUUUGAAGAGGACAAGAGCCCAGAGAUGAAGGUGGGAGAGGAGAUUGAUCCGGCGAAAGCAAAUGGAAGAGGCCUAUUAAACGGCAUGGACAGAGACUGCAAAGACUUCAAUCCAACACCUGGAAGCCGCCAAGCUUCCCCCACGGAGGCUGUGGAGAGGAUGGGCCCAAUUCAGACAGGUUUAGAGAUGAUGGUACAACACCACCCCCAUGCUCUCCAACAACAGAACCCCAUUCAAAACAAGCCUGCUGAGGAUUUCCAGAACCAGGAGCAACAGAACAUGGGAGGUAUGGAGCAGCAGCAGCAGCAACAGCAGCAGCAACAGCAGCAACAGCAGCAGCAACAACAACAAGCUAGCGUGGAGUCCCUUCAGUUUGACUACGCUGGGAACCAGAUUCAGGUGGACUCCUCAGGGACUCCAGUAGGAUUGUUUGACUAUGCUCAGCAGCAGCAGUUGUUCCAGAGAACUAAUCAGCUGACUGUUCAACAACUCACUGCAGCUCAGCAACAGCAAUAUGCCCUGGCUGCAGCCCAGCAGCAGCAUCUUGCUGGCCUUGCUCCUGCAUACCCAUACAUCAUUAAUGCUGGCCCCCCUGGAACCGAUCCCUACACUGCAGCCGGGCUGGCGGCCGCAGCCUCACUUGCAGGGCCCACAGUGGUUCCACCACAGUACUACGGUGUUCCAUGGGGUGUCUACCCUGCUAAUCUUUUCCAGCAACAGGCUGCAGCCAAUGCCAAUCAUUCAGCUAAUCAGCAAGCCUCCAAUCAGGGACCAGGGCCAGGCCAACAACAGGUAAUGCGCACAGGGAACAACCAGCGACCUCUUACGCCCGGGCAAGGCCAGCAAAGUCAGCAAGAGUCUCUAGCUGCAGCCGCUGCCGCAAACCCUGCGCUGGCAUACACAGGAAUGUCUGGUUAUCAGGUGCUGGCUCCUGCUGCUUACUAUGACCAGACUGGAACUCUGGUGAUGGGCCCCGGUGCCCGCGCUGGUCUGGGUGGCCCAAUGCGUCUUGUCCAGACCCCUCUACUCAUUAAUCCUGCUGCUGCUCAGGCUGCAGCGGCGGUGUCUGCAUCUGGCGCUGGAAACAUGUCUGGUCCUCCAGGUAACGGGCUUUACCGCUCCAUGCCUCAACAACAACAGCAGCAGCAGCAGCAACAACAACAACAACAACAGCAGCAGCAGCAGCAGCAACAACAACAACAGCAGCAGCAGGCUCCCCCGCCCAGCAGCGGCCUGCCCUCCAGCUCAUUCUACGGCUCUGGAUCAGUCCCCAACAGUUCUCAAAGCAGCUCCCUUUUCUCACACACCUCAGCUGGUCCACCACCGAACUCCUCCCUGGGCUUCAGCAACACUGGCGGCUCUCUUGGCGUGGGCCUAGGCUCAGCUCUUGGAGCCUUCGGCUCAUCUGUGUCCAGCCCUACCAGUGGCAGUGUAACUCGCAGGGACUCCCUGUUGGCAAGCUCUGACCUGUACAAACGCGGUGGCAGCAGUUUAACUCCCAUUGGCCAGCCGUUUUACAACAGCCUUGGUUACUCCUCACCAAGCCCCAUUGGCCUUACACCGGGUCACUCCCCACUCACUCCUCCACCUUCUUUGCCCUCCUCUCAUGGAUCCUCUUCAAGCCUUCACCUCGGUGGCCUGACAAAUGGCAGCGGGCGCUACAUCUCUGCAGCACCUGGAGCUGAGGCAAAGUACCGGAGCGCUGGUAGUACAUCCAGUCUGUUCAAUUCCAGCAGCCAGCUGUUCCCUCCGUCUCGGCCCCGUUACAGUCGUUCUGAUGUCAUGCCGUCCGGACGCAGCCGUCUACUGGAAGACUUCAGAAACAACCGCUUCCCCAACCUCCAGCUCCGUGACCUUCCAGGACACAUGGUGGAGUUCUCUCAAGACCAACAUGGAUCCAGAUUUAUCCAACAGAAGCUAGAGAGGGCCACUCCUGCUGAGAGGCAGAUGGUGUUUGGAGAGAUCCUGCAAGCAGCAUACCAGCUGAUGACCGAUGUCUUUGGGAACUAUGUCAUUCAAAAGUUUUUUGAGUUUGGAAGUGCCGACCAGAAGCUGGCUUUGGCAACACGUAUUCGUGGCCAUGUACUUCCCCUGGCUUUGCAGAUGUAUGGUUGUAGAGUUAUCCAGAAAGCCCUGGAGUCCAUUUCCUCAGAGCAGCAGGUAAUUAGCGACAUUGUCCGUGAGCUGGAUGGCCACGUGUUGAAGUGUGUGAAGGACCAGAACGGAAACCAUGUGGUACAGAAGUGCAUUGAGUGUGUGCAACCCCAGGCCCUCCAGUUUAUUAUCGACGCCUUCCAGGGCCAGGUGUUUGUGUUGUCCACACACCCUUACGGCUGCAGAGUGAUCCAAAGGAUUUUGGAGCACUGCACCCAGGAGCAGACUCUCCCCAUCCUGGAAGAGCUGCAUCAGCACUCUGAACAGCUGGGCCAGAAAUAUCAAGGCGUAUCAUUGGAGAUGACACCAAAAACAUAUUAUACAGUGUCCCGCGAUGCACUGUUCAAGGAUCAGUACGGUAACUACGUCAUUCAGCACGUGUUGGAGCACGGACGACCGGAAGAUAAGAGCAAGAUAGUGGCAGAGGUUCGUGGAAAGGUUCUUGUCCUGAGCCAACACAAAUUUGCAAGUAAUGUCGUUGAGAAGUGUGUGAUCCACUCUUCGCGUGCCGAAAGAGCUCUGCUGAUCGAUGAGGUGUGCUGCCAGAAAGACGGGCCUCACAGCGCCCUCUACACAAUGAUGAAGGACCAGUAUGCCAACUAUGUUGUCCAAAGAAUGAUCGACAUGGCAGAACCCGCUCAGCGCAAAAUCAUCAUGCACAAGAUCCGGCCUCACAUUGCUACUUUGCGCAAAUACACCUACGGUAAGCACAUUCUGGCCAAGCUGGAAAAGUACUACAUGAAGAGUGGAUCUGAACUGGGUCCUAUCGGCGGUCCUGCGAAUGGCCUCAUGUAGUCACGUCCACACCCUGGGCCCCCUGAGGAAGAGGACGAGCCCCAAACCCCCUGUUCUGUGAGAGAUGCUCCUUAGCCAUAGGGCCUUUGACACCCUCUGACAUCUCAUUUUUUUGGGGGAAUUACCAAAAACCAUAAAAAGACAUGUCAACAUCACCUAAGAACGCUGUGACAACUGACCCCUGCCACUCUGCCACCCCUGGUGCAGGUCCCCAGCGUGGCCCCGAGGGUAAACAAAGUAAGCAGGCCGCUUUCGUUUUUUGUUUUUUUCUUCUCUCCUGGGUAAAGCACAAGCCCAUUGUUAAUGAUGUAAUUGAUGUAUUUGAAUGAUUUUCAUAUUAACUUGUACAUUUAGUUUUUUACCUUGUAAAUUCUCUGUAGAAAAAAAUAAUCUUAUUACACAUUUGCUGAAAUUUACAAUUCUUACAAUUAACACCAGCAAGUGACUUUAUAAGGCUAAACUGAGAGAUCCUUUUAAAAACAACAAUUCCCUUUUUGUUUUUGUAACAUGACUUGCGUCAACUGUUCUGAUUAAAUCUUGGCAAUUUACUAUUUGUAUAUUAUCCCAUGCACAGUUAAAAGUGUUUUCCCAUGCCAAAGCAGAUGAUGGAUUAGUUUAAAUAGCACUACAUAGUAUGGGUGGACGUUCACUCCAUCUGAAGGUAAGUACUAUGUGUCACGUGCCACAGUCAUUAAGGGUCUACGAGACCAGGUUGCGAGCUUGGCUUUGGGGAUUGGUGCUUUAGUCUAGGGUAGUGUUAUCCAGUGGUGGUGGUGGCUUUUUCUUGCCUCUGUUUCCAGGCUAAGUGGGGAGGGUGGGGGGCGUGGGUGUACCCCAGCAGCUUGUCGUCCGCCUGAUGUUUUUUGGUACUAAAUAAAUAUUACAGCCUGACAAAUCUGAGCUGCUGCAUCCACUGAGCCCCCACUUGAGCCGUCUUACUUUUCCCUCAUCCAGGAUAAAAGCGACCAUUACCCUCCGGAAGCAGAGCAAGAGGUUUGGUUGUACAGCGGGUGUGAAACCUGGUAUAAUCUUAAACAUGAAAACAACCACAGUGGGGAGCUUCUUUCUCUUUCUUUUUGUUCCACGGGAAUAGUGGGGUGGGAGCGGGGUAUGCGUUGGCAUGCUGUGACAGGUUUUAAUCCUUGGAAUGAUUUUUCUUUAUCAUGUUUUGUGUAACAUCUUAUCUGUCUUGUAGUUUUUGAGAUGAACACUGCCCUAGAAAACAGUAUCUUUACAUACUGAAUAAUCAUCUCUUGCGUAGUAGUAGUUUAACAAUGUAUAGCAUCUUUAUGUAUGAGUAAAUUGUUGCUUUUGGGCAGGGGGCUUUGCACCGAUGAUGGGACCCCCACCGCCUGAAGGACAGAGUAGUGAGCUUACAUAAUGUCGUGAAGUGAAAUGAAUUAGAACUAGUGGGACAAGUGUAAGAAAGGGAUGUUGAAAGAUUUUUUUUUUUUUUUUUUAAAUGAUCCUCCUUUUUGUUUUUUAAUUUGUUUCAUUUGGUUGGGGAUGCAAGUGCAUUUUGGUGGAGGCCGGUGGGGCCAUCGAAAGCUACACGACUCACCUGUAAUGCUCGUAGUGACGGCUUCUUUGCUUCAUAUGAAUAAUUGUAGAAUACAUGUAGUAUAUGUGCAGUUAAUAAGUGUAAGAUUAUUAGUUUAACUGAAAAAAAAAACGUGUCUAGUUGUGGUGUUUUGACAGGCCUUGCUCUAAAUUUGUAGUGAUGCUUUUAUUUCGUCUGUACAGUUGUACAUUUGUAAACGUUUAUGCUGUAAAUGGGAUGUCUUUUACACUUUUUGGGGGGGGGAAAAGGCAAAAAAUGUGCAUUUUGAUGUGUGUAUAUUCAUCACUCCUUCCCCCCUGAAUAUAAUAUGUAUACAGUUUUAUUUGAUCAAGUGUAAUUUUUAAAAAGGGUUAAAAAACAAAUUUAUGGCUUCACAAUCUGGCAUGUUUUUUUUUGUUUUUAAUCUGUUAUGGGAAAGGCCAGCCUCUAUUUGUACCAGAGCUGUAACAUCCACUGUUGAUAGUCUUUCUGAUGUGUGACAGUUUAAAUAGGAGAAUUAAGAAAAAAACACUCUGUACUAAAACUGAGGCUUUAUUUAGUCCUCUCUGCUACCAUGGAAACUUCACAGGAUAUGACAAGAAUUAUUUUUGUACAGAAGAGUGCUGUAUUUUGGAACAGCUACUACCUUGUAAGCAAAAGCAGUGUAAAAUAUUGUCAAUUAUAUAAAUAUGAACAUAUGAGUUUUGUCACACUGUCAAAGUCAUGUACAUUUUCAGGUGGCCUUAUGUACAUUUCCAGAUGUUAGAUGAAGAAAACAAACUCAUUUUUGGAAGCAGAAUUGUGACUAUGUAUGAUUAAACUGUUCUUCUAACA